GUCAGCACCAUGACAACAGCAGCAGGUCGAGUGUGAGAGAGAGGCUGGGAUGUCUUGAGCUGUCUUGUUUUACCACACAUUACUGGAGAAAUAUCACUGCAUUCAGGUAGAACAAAACAACUUUAAGUAUUUAAUCUGUACCGGUAAGAACAGCGUCACUUUGAACGAUACAAUACAGUGAGAGGAGAGCAGUUUGGGCAGAAAGCGCAGCUAACAAACACAAGCUGAGCAGAUUCAGUAGAACACUCACCAUUCUCUCAUUCACGGGAUAAGUUAUGUGAUUUAUUAUCGCAUUCAACUCUUCACUUGUUCUGCGUGAAUGUAAAGGCUCUCAUAUCGUAAAACCCUACAGACUGUUAACAGGAUGUCUUUAUUCAAGGCUCGUGAUUGGUGGGCAUCAGUGCUGGGCGAGGGUGAGGAGUUUGACCAGGGCUGUCUGUGUGUCGGGGAUGUGGAUAACAGUGGAAGUGGAUAUGAUAAGAUUGUAGUGGGCAGUUUUAUGGGGAUGUUACGCAUCUUCUCACCACACCCUGCUAAACCAGAUGAGCAGACGGAAGCGGACGCCCAGCUGCUGGAGGUUCAGUUUCCUGAUCCCAUCAUUCACGUGGAGAUGGGCAAGUUUGUCUCUUGUUCAGAGUCGCUCCAUCUGGCAGUGCUUCACCCCAGGAAGCUGUCUGUCUAUGCUGUGUCAGGUACUGCUGGGAAUGUUGAACAUGGUGACCAGUAUCAGCUGCGACUGGUGUAUGAACACAACCUGCAGAGAACAGCUUGCAACAUGACGUAUGGGCCAUUUGGGGGUGUCACAGGUCAUCAUUUCAUCUGUAUCCAGUCCAUGGAUGGGAUGCUGAUGUUUUUUGAGCAGGAGACUUAUGCUUUUGGUCGCUUCCUGCCAGGCUUCUUGUUGCCCGGCCCUCUGAGCUACUGCAUCCGCACAGACUCCUUCAUCACGGUCUCCUCCACACGGCAGGUGGAGUGCUACAGGUAUGAGACACUGGCUGUAGCCACAGAUGCAGACACCAGACAAGACUCUGAUCAGCAGAGCAAGAGUUCAGGGAAGAGACUGACGGCGGACUGGACACUGGUGUUAGGAGAAGAGGCUCUAGAUAUCUGUGUUCCUAACACAUCUUCAACGAUGUCCUCCAUCUUUGUGCUGGGGGAGAGAAAUCUCUUCUGUCUCAAGGAUAAUGGUCAGAUCCGCUUCAUGAAGAAAUUAGAGUUCAACCCCAGCUGUUUCUUGCCCUACGGAUCAGUUUCUGAGGGUUCCACCAACAUCCUGAUGUGUAACCAUAACAGCAUGCUGCUGGUGUACCAGGAUGUGACGCUGAAGUGGGCCGCCCAGCUGUCCUGUGUGCCUGUGGCUGUACGUGUCGCUAACUUCCCGGAACUGAAGGGGUUGGUAGUGACUCUGAGCUCUGACGGUCAUCUCCAGUGCUCUUACAUGGGCACUGACCCCUCCUUCUUCACUGCACCUAAAGUGGAAGCCCGAGAGGUCAACUAUGAUGAAGUAGAUACAGAGAUGAAAAUGCUGCAAAAGGUUAUUCGCGAGGCUACCAAAACCCAAGACAUUCUCCCGAAGGCAGAGACUGAGGAAGAGCUCACUCUGACCGCCAUAGUCUCAUCUCACCUGGAUGAAGUCUCGUGUGCUGUCAUACCUGAGAUGAACGGCAUGCCCGUCCCCUCUGUCACAGUCAAGGUUAAAAUAAAGAGUCGUGGUGCGGUGCAGAGCCCGAAAAUGACGGUGUGUGUUCAGCCUCCUCUGGGAGUCACGCAGGACCAGUUUGUGUUGGACUCAAUGGGCAGUGGCUGCGAGUUAGUGGUGAGAUUCUCAGCAUUUCUGAAUGGCCACUAUCCUCCAGCGGAUUUGUGUGGAGAUAUCGCCGUUUCCUACAGCUCAGCUACAGAACUCAACCCUGCAGGAAUCCCUCGAGUAUCUCAGUGUAAAUUCAACCUGCCUCUUCGGUUAGUGUGCUACCCCUCCUCAGCUAUCAAAAAUGCCAAGUACAAGAUCACUGUGGACACCAACAAACCUCCCGUCAACCUCAGUGAAGUCUUCCCAGAUUUCUCUGUGAAGUCAGAAAAUAAUGACAGCAGUGCUUUGGGCUUCCAACUCAUCACAGGCUCCAGGGUCAUUGUCCUUGCCUCCAAAACAUCUCAGCGUUACAGGAUCCAGAGCGAAAGCUUUGAGGAUAUCUGGCUGGUAGCCAAGGAGCUGGUGCAGCGUUUCGACCGCCACUUUGCCUCCCUUGGAGUCAAAGACUUUCGGAACAGCUUCACUGGACCAAUUCCACUGCCUGAGUUCUUUGAGACAGUGGACCACCACUUUGAGCUCCGUGUGAAUGCUCAGAAGUAUCAGGAUUUGCUGUCGGAGCGAGCAGUCCAGUUCAGGGCCAUCCAGCGCCGUCUACUGACCCGCUUUAAAGACAAAACCCCAGGGCCACUUCAAAACCUGGACACACUGAUGGAGGGAACCUACCGCCAAGUUAUAGCAUUAGCAGAUGCAACAGAAGACAACCGGGAGCGUUUGAUUCAAGCUUUUACACGUUUGCGGAGCGCCACUCACCUCCUCAUCCUACUGUUGUCUCUGUGGCAGGGGCUCAGCUCAGAGCAGACUGCCAUCCUGGAGGCCACGCUCCUACCACUGCUGCAGGACACACCACAACUUGGCUGGGAGGAGAGUGUGGAUGCAGCCGUCUCCCACCUCCUAAAAACGUGUCUGUCACGCAGCCCCAAGGAUCAGGCCAUCAGCUUGAGCACCGGCCUGCUAACCAUCCCAAAAGACACCUCACGCCUGAAGAAACACAUCAUGCUGCUCUGUGACCGCUUGGGCAAGGGUGGCCGUCUGUCCCUCUCUUCAGAAGCCAAUGUCCCUACAACUGUCAUGAUGCCAGUUGGUUGUGAGUCCUUGCCUGAACCGAUAGUUGAGCAGGAGGAGGAACCACCACUGCAGCAGGACUCUGCAAAGUACAUUAAAAAGAAACAGCCCUCCAAGAGAAUCAAGAGCAAGUCAGAUUCAUCUAAAGAAUCGUCCAGAGAGAAGAAGGAGAAAGACUCUAGUAAAGAAAAGGAGCCCAAAGUGUCGUCAAAAGAGUCUAAAAGAGAGUCUACAAAAGAGUCAAAGGACAAGGAGUCCACCAGAGAGAAAGAGUCAUCAAAGGAGUCUGGGAAGGACAAGACGAAGGUGUCCAGGAAGUCCUCUGUGAAAGUCAAAGAGAAGAAGUCCGAGGCAGGAGACGGCUGAAUACAUGGACAGCUGCUGCACUGAUAAAAGUCUUUAGCUGUUUAUUACGGUAGUCGGGUUGUCUGAGUAAAGGUUAAUACCUCAUCCUGAUGCUUUUGCUGUAAUUCUAGAGUUGAUAGCAUAGUGGCAGAAACAAAUCUAAAAGUGCUUGUUUUCACUGUCUUUGAGGGCAAGUGGACAUGUUGGAGGGGUUUAUAUUUAAACUCAGCUGUCUGCCACUACAGCAUGUAGUCUGUGUGUCUGUCGUCUCCUAUUGCUCAGAAAGCCACCCGCGCAGCCCUGCGGGACGUCUGAUCACGGGAACCACCAAAAAUCACCACUCCAUCUGAUCUCUGCUGUCUGUCUCACUGUCUGUGUGACUUUCACAGCUUCUGACAUCCCAAUCCAACUUCUGAAUUUGAAUUAUGUACAGAAUUGACUUAAAUAGAACUACAUUUAUAUGGACGAGUAGUUUUUAAUUAGCCAUUUUAUUUCUCAGGAUGAAAGACUCAAAUGAAUGUUAUCAAAUCAGCUCUUGGAUUCAAAAAGAGCCGAUUCUUAAAUUCUGAAUCUUGCACAACACUGUUGUGGGUCAACAUUUGUCUCCCUUUCUACAUGCAGUUUCUUAUAGACACACACACACACACACACACACAGUCUCAUUCAUACCUAUAUAGUGAAUUCAAGGCAGUGGACAAUCAUGUACAUACUAUUUUUCAUAUAUAUGUUGUCUUAGAAGUAGUAGGCCUGUUUAUAGGUCAUUUUGCCUAAUGUUUCUUGUUUCUAGAAAAUUAUUUGCAUAAAACAAUGUGUAAAAUGAAUGUCUUGAUAAUCUACCUUUACAUCAUCAUCAGAAACAUUCAUAAUAUCACAUCAUCUUACAUUUUAUAUCAAGAUUUGUAUUAUUUGUACCUUUAUUAUUAUUAUUAUUAUUAUGUUCUUUGUUCCAGUUGUUAAAUCAAUUUUACAUUCAUGCUACAGUUUGUUAUACAGAUUUGAAUGGGAUCUUUUGGUAGAAGUGAUGUAUUCUGAGGAAACAUUCCCCUUUAAACCCGAAGCAUUAGAGAGAUCAAUCUCUGCUGUAAAUCGAUUACACUGUCAAUUGAGGCAAUAAAACUGUCACUCAGCAAUAUAGCUUACAAAUAUUAAAAUGUACAAAUGC